AUGAUGAACACCCUGGAGGAAGCUGAACUCUGCUUUCCACAGCUCCUCAAUGCCUCCUGCAAGAAGCACACACGCCCUCUCUCUGAGGCAAUGCUCAUUUACAUUCUGCUGUCCUCCAUCUCUCUGCUCACUGUGGCUCUCAACCUGCUGGUCCUCAUCUCCAUCUCCCACUUCAGGCAGCUCCACACCCCGACCAACCUCUUCCUCCUCUCUCUGGCUGUAUCAGACUUCCUCGUGGGCCUCCUUGUGAUGCCAUUUCAAAUCCUCCUAACAGAACCCUGCUGGCUUCUAGGUGACCUGGUGUGUUCUCUGUAUUAUCUUUUACCUUUUAUCACUGUGUAUGCCUCACUAUUGAACAUGGUGCUCAUAUCAGUUGACCGCUAUGUGGCUAUCUGUGACCCUCUGCACUACCCCACCAGAAUCACUCAGAAGAGAGUUCAAAUCUGUGUUCUCCUGUGUUGGGUUUACUCUGUUUUCUGCAGCUUUCUACUUUUAUAUGACAACCUGAAACAACCAGGCAGGUACAGGUCCUGCUAUGGAGAAUGUGUGAUUUACAUAAUAGGAGCUGUUGACCUGGUGUUAGGCUUUAUCAUCCCCAUUGCUGCCAUCAUUGUUCUGUAUGCACGAGUGUUUGUGGUGGCUGUGUCUCAGGCUCGUUCCAUGCGCUCUCACAUUGCAGCUGUCACACUGCAGCAUUCAGCGACUGUAACUGCUCAGAGAUCAGAGCUGAAAGCAGCCAGGACUCUGGGUGUCCUUGUUGCUGUGUUCCUCAUGUGUUACUGUCCGUAUUACUGUGUCUCUCUCUCUGGUUACACCCUCGAGAUCGGCUCUUCAACUGAGGUCUUUAUGAUUUUUCUGGUAUAUUUUAAUUCCCUUCUAAACCCUGUGAUCUAUGCCUUUCUCUACCCCUGGUUUCGAAAAUCUGUUAAACUCAUUGUCACACUGAAGAUAUUGCAGCCUCACUCUUGUGAGGCCAAUGUACUGUAG